AUGGUAAACGAGACCUCAUUUCCGUUGCAGAGAUUGCCCGAUGAAUUGGUGAAUGAAGUGUUCUCACAUUUACCGCAACAAGAUAGACUCAGUGUUUGCUUACUGAACAAGAGGAUGUAUCCAAUCGGGAUCAAGUUGAUUUACAGACGGAUAUAUCUGAACGAUUCUAACGUUGUUAGAAGUGACUACAUGAGCCUGGCAAUCAACUGGACCCUGUUAAGCAUACCAGCACUCUUCAUGGAGCAGCAAUCACGGUUUAUUGCCAAUUUAAAGUUGAGACAUCUCAUUGAUACACUAAAAGCGAAUAAGUUUGCCCUUAAUUGUGUCCAGUGGGUUCGGAUAAACUGGGAUUUGAGCAGCGAUCUACAAAGGAGUUUUCUUUCGAUACUGUGCAGUGAAGGGGAAUCCUUGCAGAGAUUAGAGAAUGUUACGGAUCCUUCUACUAAUGACAUCAUUGCCAAUGGGAGAAUAUCGUCCGAAAAACUUACAAGUUUUGAUAUGGCACCACCCAAUCCUCUACCAGAGUGCACAAUCUCAGAAGAUUACAUCCCAAAUUUACGGAAAUAUAUGCAGAGGAGAAUAUCAAGCAAACUCUCUCACAUGACACUCUUCAUUGAUCCUUUGAAACUAUUUAACUAUUUGCACCCUCUGCGUGAAAAGCUGCAAAUAGUAGAUUUGAAGUUACACUGGAGAAGAGAGUUUUAUGAUUCAAAGUAUUUCAAAACUAGACUGCGAAAGUAUCCAUUGCAAAAGCUCUCAGAUAUCUUCGAAGUCAAAACUCUGAAGACAUUAACAAUUAUUUCGUGGAUUGAGUGUUUGGUUCCUGGGGAACUUCAAAUGAUCAAAGAUUUCGGAGAGUUUAUAUAUUUAGAAGAUCUAUCCUUGAUCUCAAUCAAGCAGAAUUUCGAGGUCCUGGUGUCCCUUUUUUACAACCUAGAAAAUUUGAAAAGGCUGAAGAUGGAUUUCUUAGAGGACUAUCUAUCUGAAGCAACAAAUCCAGAGAUCUUUUUAACUAUAUUAGUAGUUUGCACAAAGCUGCAGUUUAUUGAUAUGAGAUACGAAGCUAUGACUUGUCCAAUCAUUUCUCCUCAUGAUGGUAAAUACACGCUAAAUCAGAAUUGUUAUUGCAGCAGCUGCAAUCAUGUCUUUGAAAAUAUACUAAGAAAAAAAAUCUUCUUACUUCCGGAGGACAUAUAUACCUCCGAUGGCUACGACGGCGAUGCAAAAGAUAUUUUCAAAAUGAUGAGAGUCUUAUCACUACUACCAUAUUCGAAGGCAUGUGAUUGCUAUCCAAGUGUAAGAACGCACCCAAUGGAUUUAAAUGAGUUCGUUAAAAAGAUGAAUUCUGAUCUUUUCAGUUAUCGCCAAAUCAAAAGCCAACUGAACCCAGUUGAAGAACAGGAUCACGAUAUCGCGAAGGAUUUUUUGGAGUAUGCAAUUUUAAGUCUACCACAUGCGCCUUUGACUUGCCAGGACAUCAUUAAUUGCUAUCAUGCUCUGAUACAUCACUACAAAAAAACAUAUAUUGCCUUCUUGAAAGGGUUUCCCGAACUGAGAUUUUUAAUGCUUAAUGAUAUACCAUCCGUGGUAGUGGAAGAAAAUUCAGAGAGAGUUUUUCAGCCUGUAUUCUAUCAUGGUGAUUUCAAAACAAAUUUGACUGGAUGGUCACAAGCUAGUAGCAGAAAUACCGAGCAUUCAAAUAGUUCUGUUAUAAGGAAAGUUACUUUAUUGUAG